AAGAUUAUGUCAUCACUGAGUAAGCAGAAUUCUUUCCUUAGCCCAAAACGAAAUAGUAUAGCAAAUAUGGAAUAUAUAAGUUUUACAACAAGUUAAAUCAAAUACCCAAUAUCAUCAAUAUCAACUAUGGAUUCGUUUGAGGCUGCUACUCAGUUCAGUCAGAUACUUCGGAAUUUGACUCCUUCCUUACAAACAUUGACUAAAGCUGCUCAUUUUGCUUUAAAGAAUAGUGAAAGUGAAGAUUAUUUAUUUCCAACCAUCAUAGAAGUUAUAUCAGAUAAUAGCAUUGAAUUGAAUACUAAAUCGAAUCUAUUCCAAUUCAUUGAAGUCUUGAUCAAUGAAUCAUUUUACUUCUCCAAACAAUCCAAAUAUAAUCAUCCAUAUGUUCAAAAUCUAAAACAAUCAUUACCUAGCAUCAUCUUACAAGUUCUUCCAAAUGUUAAUAAUUCAAACAUUUAUAAUGUAUAUAAAAGUCUUAUUAAGAUAUCGAAACAAUUCAAAAUCAAUAGUAAGGAAUAUAUCCAUCAAUUCAAUGUCAGUCUUUUAAAUGAUGAUGAUUUAAAGAAUAUAGAUGAUAAUAUACCCUUUCCUCAAAUUGGGAUAAGUGAAAUUAAUAAAUCAUUAGAUCCAUUAUUAUCAGCUUGGGAUAUCUUAAUCCAAAAGAAAAGACAAAGUGAAUAUGAAAGAUUACGAUUAUUAAAUCAUACCGAAUUUGAAUCUGAAGAUGUGGCUGAAGAUCUUAUGUUUUCAAUCAAAGAGAAAAGUGAUAAAUCAACAACUUUAUUAUCUAAAAAGCAAAUACUAUGGAGAAUGGAAGAAGAUAGAGAAUCUCAUAAACGGUCCAAGGAAGGUUUAUGGAUGGUUAAUAGAAGUAAGGAAGAUAACUCAGUUGGGGAAGAAGAAUUCUUGAAUAUGUAUUGGAACAAAUAUGAUGUUUUAAAUCAUGAAGAAGAUAAAGCUCUCUUAGAUUCACUUGGUGAAUUAAAUAAGAUCGUGGCUGCAAGUUAUAAAGAUUCACAAUUUUAAAACUUAUGUUAUUUUUAAAUAUAUUUUUAAAUACCUAUACAUACGAAAUAUAAUAUAUAUA